GCGCGCGAGGCCGCCCGCCCGUGACUCACCGGCCUCCAUCCGCCAUCUUUUUGUGGCGACGGGGGGAAGAGGGGGCGAACAGGAGGCGGAGAGAAGCCAGAAAGUGAACCCCAAGUCAAGCGGCCGCGGCUCGGACAUGGACGACGACUCAUAUCCCCGCACUCUCUACGUAGGUAAUCUCUCUAGAGAUGUGACAGAAGCCCUUAUACUUCAACUUUUUAGUCAGAUUGGUCCAUGCAAAAGUUGUAAAAUGAUUACAGAGCAAACCGCAGGCAGAAGGGUGAACUCUUCUGUUGGAUUUUCUGUUUUGCAGCACUCAAGCAAUGAUCCUUAUUGCUUUGUGGAGUUCUACGAGCAUCGGGAUGCAGCAGCUGCUUUGGCUGCAAUGAAUGGCCGUAAAAUAAUGGGUAAGGAAGUCAAAGUAAACUGGGCAACAACACCAAGUAGUCAGAAGAAAGAUACAACUAAUCAUUUCCAUGUGUUUGUGGGUGACUUAAGUCCUGAAAUAACAACAGAAGAUCUAAAAUCUGCAUUUGCUCCCUUUGGUAGAAUUUCGGAUGCUCGUGUUGUAAAGGACUUGUCAACAGGGAAGUCUAAAGGCUAUGGAUUUGUGUCAUUCUACAAUAAACUGGAUGCUGAAAAUGCAAUUGUGCACAUGGGUGGACAGUGGCUGGGAGGACGUCAGAUUCGUACAAACUGGGCAACACGCAAGCCACCAGCCCCAAAGACAACGCCAGAGAGUAAUUCCAAACAUCUGAGAUUUGAAGAAGUAGUGAAUCAGUCUAGUUCCACAAAUUGUACAGUUUACUGUGGAGGCAUAGCAUCAGGUCUGACAGAACAACUUAUGCGUCAGACUUUCUCACCGUUUGGUCAAAUCCUGGAAAUCCGAGUUUUCCCAGAAAAGGGGUACUCCUUUGUCAGAUUUGCAACACACGACAGUGCUGCUCAUGCCAUUGUAUCAGUCAACGGAACUACUAUUGAAGGACAUGUUGUUAAAUGUUAUUGGGGCAAAGAAACUGCAGAUUCAGCCAACAAAUACCAGCCGAUGGAAUUUGCUCAGCCCUGGGGCCAGUGGGGUCAAUGGUAUGGGAACGCACAGCAGUACGGUCAGUACGUGGCCAAUGGCUGGCAGGUGCCCUCAUAUGGAAUGUAUGGACAAGCAUGGAAUCAGCAAGGUUUUGGAGUAGAUCAACCCCCGUCUGCAGCUGCCUGGGUAGGUGGAUUUGGUGCUCAGCCAGCUCAAGGACAGGGUACAACCGUGAUACCUAACCAAGCUGGCUUUGGGAUGGCAGGUUACCAGACGCAAUGAGCAGGGACUCAUUAAUCUUUACCUACAAAAUGAAAGAACCUAGAUUUUUCUAAUGACCGACAUCAAAACGUUCACUGACACCAUGGACAAAAUAUAGACUAUUUAUUUUAAAGCUGAAUAUUUUAAAAAUUCUAUCGCAGCUGAGCUCAUGGUGGAGGAUGCUAAAUGUUUCCAAGUUCUGCUUUUUUUUUCUUUUUCCUUUCAGGGACGUGGGGGGCGGGGGGAGGGAGGGAAGUGUAUGUAUGAACAGUUUGUUUUUCAUUGUUUUUAGAGUGAAGACGAAAUCGAGGAUAUUGACUUUAUUUUGAAAUGAAGUGCUAUUGUGUAUGAAUUUGAAAAUAAAAACUGCAGUGUUAGUGGGAAAAUGUCAACCAGACUUUGACAAUCUUUUUAUUUAGUAGAGCAUUCCACAGUAUCGAUUUCAUAGAUACUCUGUUGUAAAGGGACUUCUAAAACCUUGUACGCCACUGUAAGAGUACUUCAGGAGGUUUCUGUAAAAUGUAUAAUAAAAGCAGGCUUCGUGUUCAAUAAACAUAACCUAAUUGAAUUUCA